GUCAUCAACAACACCUCAUAACCCCCCAUCAUCUGGACGCCGCCUCUCCCGCAUCGUGAAACCAUCCCUUCCUCCAUCGUGUACCCUCAGCAGGACUAUUACCUGGAGCGUACCCCUCCCCCUCCCUUUCCAUCGAACCCGCCAUGAGCGAAGUCUCGAGUACUCGUCUCUAUCUGGGGAAUCUCCCACGGACUGCUACCAAGAGUGACAUUGAGCAGCACUUUGCCGCCCAUGGAACCGGCAAGAUCACCGAGAUCAAGCUCAUGAACGGCUUCGGCUUUAUUGAGUACGAGGAUGCCCUGGACGCCCGAGACGUCGUGCCUGCCUUCCACGGUUCCACCUUCAUGGGCGAGCGCAUGAUUGUCCAGUUUGCACGAGGGGCCCGCAAGCGCGAAGAUGCGCCAGCAUACCAUGAACGCACUGUCCCACGCCCACGUCGCACUCUGUUCCGCAUGAGCAUCACGAAUCUUCCUCCCGAAACGAGUUGGCAGGACUUGAAAGAUUUCGCCCGCCAGUCUGGCUUGGACGUUGUCUACUCUGAAGUUGGCCGCGAGCGUGAUGGCAGAGGAUUUGUGGAGUACGAGACCAAAGCUGAUCUCUUAGCUGCCGUCGAGAAGUUAGACGGACGCGAAUUCAAGGGCGUCAAUGUCCACUGCAUUGCAGACGAGCAAACCGAACGCCCAAGGGAUAGAUAUCGCUCUCGCAGCCCACGCGGCCGUUACCCCGGACCCCCGCGAGGCGGCGGAGGAGGGUACGACGAUUAUUACAACGAUCGACGCCCUCCUCGAGACUACGAAUACGAUUACCGCCGUCGCAGCCCACCACGUGAUGUCUACGCUUAUGAGCGUUACAAUCGUGAUGAUCGAGGUUAUGGACGUCCUCCUAGCCGAGGACCCCCUCGAGGGCGUGGCCCAGUUGACGAUGGCUAUCCUCCUCCGCGCUCGCGUUACGAAGAUGCCUAUCCACCAGCUGGAAGGUAUGACAGAGGGUUCGACAAUAUGAAUGGCCAUGCUGCUCACGAUCCUAGACCGCCCUAUGGGCCUCCAUCCCCUCGCCGACGCACCCCACCUCCUCCUGGAUAUGAACCACGUCCACGUUACUGAUUCUCGUCCUGCGUCCGGUUUCGCCACUCUAUAGCUCGGCUGGUCGACGGUUCACAAAUUGCUGGGUUUGCAGGAGGCACUAGUGCAAGCUUCGAUGUACAACACAAAUGGAUACAAAAUGGACAAAAAGGCUGGACUAGGAGAUGCGCUCAUUACAUAAUUUGGACAUGGCCUCGCGUGGCUCAAGCAUGUCCCGUCAACGAAGGGACCGGAUACUGGCUUAUGGAAACAUGCGAUUGGAGCGUGGAGAGGUUUCCGAGAGGUUCUUCCAGCUGCCGUCCUAUACGAUUCAUCAUUGGCGUUUUUGGGGGUCAUCCUUUCCCAUCGAUUCAUGGCUCGGUUGAUAUAGUACUCGCUCGCAUUUGCAAAAGUGACUUUUUUGAAGAUGGAACGCCCUUAUCGGCAUCUCGCUACCGUGAACUUGUGCACACUCAUGCUUGAAACGGCCUGGAUGUUUGGUCUCUCAAGCUUAUCAUCCAAACAUUCGCUACGUGCUUCUGGGUCUUUACAACCAGGCUGUCCGGUCGUUCUUCACACAGCAGGACGCUGUUGUCCAGCCCUUGAUGAUCCGAUGCCAUAAAAAGUACUAGUCUUUACUGGGACACCAAGUACGUUCCUGUGGAUUGGCCGUGUUGUCUUGAUACAGGCCACAAAUGCCAUUUUUGGAAUAUCUAGCCCUUGACAAAUUGGAGCUGAUGGGAUUGAUUCAACAAAGGAUUCGACAAAAGUUUUUUUCCGACAAAUGUCACGGAUGAGGCGUAUUAUCCAACACUGUAUUUUGAAGAUGAGGUGUUCACGCCUAUGAGCUGAUGUGCUCUGUCUGCACGUGCAGCUCACUCAUUGUGCAAGGAGCAUUAAUAUGCAAUUUGUGGGGCGCCACUCAAUCAGAGAUCGAUGAUUCCAAAAUUACUCAAUGUACAAUAAGAAUACCUACGGAGACGAGAAAUAGAAAUGAAAGGGCUGAUGUGUAAGAAGAGAAAAAACGUCGGAGAGGAAGAGAGAGAAUCGCAAAGAGAAUAAAAUUCACAGUAGCAAAAUGACAAUGUGAAAGAGUGAUAUA